CACGAUCUGUUAUCGACUCGCCGAAUGGGCAAGAAAGGCAAAGGCGGCGUAGCAGCAGCAGCAGCAGCAACCGAGCCAGAGCCGGUCGUAGAUCCCAAUGCGCCACCGCCUCCCGAGCCAGUACCCCCUGUUUCCAUGCUCUACUGCGGGGUUUGCACAUACCCCCCCGAAUAUUGUGAAUUUGGAUCCAGCCUCACAAGAUGUAAAGACUGGCUAAAGGACCACCAUCCUAACCUGUUCGACAAGUAUUAUUCCGAAGAGGCGCUACAAACCAAAGUCGGCACGCUGAGUCUGGAGGCGCAAUCGAAACUGGAGAAAGAUGUGGCGAAGAAGGAGGUCAAGGCAGAGGCCAAAGCGGAGGCGGCGUUGAAGAAGAAGAUGGCUUCACAGGUGAUAAUAAAGCGGUCAGAGCGGAACAAGCGAAAAUGCAUAACGACCGUAUUUGGGCUGGAGGCUUUCGACAUCGAUCUGAAGAAAGCAGCAAAGCAGUUUGCGUCCAAAUUCGCGACGGGUGCUUCUGUCACGAAGAACCCUCAGGGUCUGGAAGAGAUUGUCAUAUCCGGCGAUGUCAGUGACGAAGUGCUCGAGAUGAUUGAAAACCAGGUCGGCGUGCUGAAAGGAAUUCCUGCAGACAACGUCGAGCUGGUUGAAGAGAAAAAGAAAAAAGCAGCAGAGUAG